ACAUUCGCUCGCUGUCGCUGCUGAGCUGACACACACAGAAGAGGAGAGGAACAAGAAGAAAGAGCAGUGGCAGUGUAGAAAAUUUUUGAUCCGAAAAAUAUAGGGAAACGAAAUACUUAAAAAUUGUGCAAAUUGUGUGCGCCCGCGGUCCCAAAGUCGGUGGCCCCCGCGAGUACCCGUUGCGGCCCGGUAAGCGAGCCCGGAAGUGGCCCCGCGGACGGCGCAAAACGUGGCCCUUUGGCACUGCAUGACUCUGGAACAAAAAAGAAAGAAAAAAUUAAGUCGAACGACGUCGCGGAGUGAAAAAAAUACGAGUCGAGUCGUGGAAAAGUUAGGCGCUGAAAAGAGUGCGGUCAGCAGGUUCUUCAGGUUGCGCGCGCGGAAUCGGAAUCGAUCCGUUGCCGUCGAAAGUGCGGACUACAUCCCUCGGAACGGUUCCCGGAAGGUUCAGGGGGUCCAGGUUACGGAGGAAGCUCGGUGAGCGUAGACGUGGAAUCCAGGUCAAUCCAGCUCGCGGACUCGCACGGUCAGGAAUAGCCGAACAAAAACAAAUAUAAAGAAAACAAGUGAAGACGACGGAAUCGACGGCAGCAGCAGCAGGGGGCAACAGUGCAGUCACCCACUUCCUCCUUUGAGGCCAGCAGCAGCAUCCACCGUUAGCGAAACAACACGAGAUUGUUUAGUGUAAUAGUAGUAUCGCAAACAACACAACAACAGCAACGAUAUCAAGAAGCAAAAAAAAAAACACACAAGAAUAACAGCAACUACUACAAGAGAGCAGAGAACCAAAACAAGCAAAAGUGCACACGCCACACAGAUACAAGUGGAGAGAAAAAGAGCUGCAAGAAUAAAAGAGAGAGAAAAGUGCAUCAUUUUGCAUACCGUCGUCGUCGUGCGAUACUGAAACGAAAAGGGUUAAAACACGCGCACAUGUAACCAAUAUGCAGUGAGAGAGAGUGGUGCAUCGGAAGAGCAGCAGCAGUGUUUGGUGUUUUGUGUGUGUGUGUUUGGUCGUUUGUGUCUAGAUUGAGCAAAACAAGACAAAAAAAAUCAACACGCGAAAAAAAAAAACAGAAGAGAAAACCUCCUAGCUUCUGUGUGUCAUAACAAAGAACGGGUGUAGUGCAGUGAGAGAAGCCAAAACAAAAAAAAAAAAGAUAUCCACGCGCGGAUUUUGAGCGAUACACACAGAUUGUCAGGCAAUAGCAGUGAUAGAGUGCGGCGCGCAGAAUAAAGAUAACCGAUAGUGUGAAAAGGGAACUGUGUGUGGAGAAACAAAAUGCAAAACGGCAGCGCCAUCUACUAAAGUGUGAAAGCGAAUACUUGCAUGUGAAUUUCCGAUGAUGAAUUAAUGGUUUGGUGACCGUUACCGGAAGGAUAACAAAACACUGUCCAAGGAGUUUGUUCUCGAGCUGUUGAGAACAACAGUCGAGCGUCAGUUUGAUCCUGAACAAGAAGAUAUAGGAAAAACACGGACCGACCGACCGAGAAGAAUAAACAAAUACACAGCGCACCCGAAGUUGGACAUCAAAGAAAGGAAGGCCGGCGGCGUACGUUCGGUGAAUGAGCAAAACGAGAGUGAAAAAAAAGUUGAGAUAGGGCAAGAGAACAACACAGACAUAGACACACAAACACUAUAAACAAGCAAGUAAAAAAAUGAGUAUUGAGCCAACCAACGAAACCAAAACAGCAGCAGUAGAAACAGCAUCAUCGUCUAGCGGUACUGGUGCCGUUGGUGGUGGCGGAGGUGCGGAAGAAGAGGAAGAGUUGACACUGGUCGAAAUUUCACCUUCGUCGUCUUCGUCAUCGCCCACGACCGUUUCUUCGCUAUCGCCUUCGUCCCGAACUGUCACGAUAAGCAGCAGCACCGGUGCCGGCGACGAUGAUGCCAUCGAAGUGCAUCCGGAAGCAGCAGGGGCGGUGGAAAAGACCCGACCGGUGACGACUGUAAGAGGCACCUCCGUAGAUUCGUCGUCUGAAUCGAGCACAAUCGAGUUAGUCGAGGAACAACCUGCUAAGGAGCAACAACAGCACCGGCCACAACCCUUACUAGCACCGGUGGCGGCAGACGUGCAAGACGUUGCACCUGGCGACCGUUCCCCGCACGAGUCCCGGACCAUUCUACCGAUCCAGUCAUCGUCCUCGCUGUCCACUCCGUCCUCUUCGGAAGAGUACUUCGAUGAGUCUCUGACCACCGUUAGCAGCAGCACCGAAGGUGCCUUGAACGUUUCUUCUAGCAAUAACCAAUUGAACAACAACAACAACAGCACAGCAAUAAUAGAACUCCAGUCGGUGGUAGUGACCUCAGAGGCAACAGCAGCAGCUGCUACACCGGAGCAGAGUGCCGAGCAGGGCAACACUAGUGAAAAACCAGCAGACAAUAGCCAACCGCAACCGCAAACGAAGGAAGCACCAAUAGAAAUAGUACAAAUUUUCCCCUCCACCAAGGCCGCCGACGUGUCCUCGUCCUCGACCUCCACGUCCGGUGCAUCGUCGUCCUCUUCAAGCGGCGCAUCUUCCGAGUCCUCGAGCUCGUCAUCGCCUUCCGUUUCGCCGCUGGCAGUGGACCAACAGCAGCAGUCGACGCAGCAGCAAAGUCAGCAACCGUCGUCACCGCCUUCAACCUCCGCGCUGGUUCAGGGUGAUACUGCGGAAGUUGUGAGCAAAAUGGGGGUCAGCGACGGUGACGACCAAGUGCCAGAGCUGCUGCCGGCGGCGGUCGAGGAAGUGUCGUCCCCUCGCGAUCAGCCGCAGCAAUUGCCCAUCCUUCCGUACCGUGGGUCAGCGUCGUCUCCGCAGCUUAAGCAGAGCAGCUUGAAAAAGUACAAAAGCAACAGCAAGAAAAUGAACAACGACGACGCCGACGACGGGGAGUGCGAAGAGAGCAGCGCGCCACAGCGGCGCGUUUCAUUCCCGCAGGAUGCGCAGCUCAUUACCGGCUACCUGGAGCCGAUCGAUCCGUGGGCGUGUGUGGCUAUCAUUAGUGCGCCCGAACUCACCGACCUGUACAGCAAGUCCUGCGCCAAGCACUCCACCGAACCUCUGCCUGUGAUUUUGGAACACAUAAAAUCGCUGCACCUCACGAUGAAUCAACGGGUGCCGCUGCUUUCGCUCAGGGACCAGAAUCUCAACCAUGGCUCCUGCGAAGCGCUCGAGGAAGUGCUCAAGCGGGUUCAGUACAAGAGUAUCAACCUGUCGCACGCCGGUCUGGACGACGUAAGCGCCAGCGUCCUGUUCGACAUGAUAGAGUAUUACGAGGCCACCAACGAGCUGGACUUUUCGGAUAACCUGUCGAUGACGAACAAGAGCUGGCUCGCGUGCAUCAACAUGAUCAAGAAGAGCCAGGCGCUGAACGUGUUGAUCACGCGGGGGCCAGCCCUCUCCGAGCACAAUGCGAUGAAUUUGGCGAAAGCGUUGAACACCUCCUCGCUGCACACGCUUAAGCUGGACCACUGCGAGCUGACGCAACGACCGCUGGCGACGUUGUGCAAUCUGCUGAAACGGAACACAUCGUUGAAAGAGCUGUCGCUGGCGCACAACCAGCUGACCUACGAGGACGCGAAAAGCAUAGGCGGUCUGUUGCGAUCCAACUACCACAUCCAAUUGCUGGACAUUUCGAACAACAACAUUGGGGAUAAAGGCGUUGAGUUCAUCGUGUCCGCUCUGAUCGAUCAGUCCAUCUACUUCAAAACGAUGCAGGAAACUAAGCGCCGCGGCGAGUUUAGCUUUUCCGACCUGUCCAGCAGCCUCCAGAGCAUCAACAGCAACAAGAACUACUUUCCCUAUCCGUACCAACAACAGCAGCAGCAGCACCAACUAAGCAGCCGAAGUCAACAUUUACCACCCCAAAAGCACCCAAAGCAAACACGAUCGCGAGCUGCCUCCACGAAAAAGGCAGCCGCCGCCGCCGCCGCCCACAAGGAAGAAAUGCAGCAGCAGCCAGCGUCACCGUCGCUCGAGUCGGUCGUCCCGCUGACUCCCCCACCUACGCCGGCCCUACCCACCGUGAGCUCACCUAGCGCGUCCUCGGACGAUGUCUUCUUGUCGGAAAACACGGUAAAGCAGCUGGAGUCGCCGGCGGGACCGCUUCCUCCCCCGGCCGCUGAGCUUCUCACAGUCGUCGACGAUGCAAACAGUACAAAUAACGAUAGUGGUAUUAACAGCAGUGUCUCUAGCGAUGUGGACCAGACAAACAGUGAGAAUAGCUGCAGUAACAAGUGCCAGGAGGUGGUUGAAGUGGUGGUGCCUGAAGAAGCAAGUGCGCCUGAAGAAAAGAAGGAAGCUAAGACGGCGGAGACUGUUGUGGAAAGCGGAAACGAACGAGGGAAUGUGCACGACGGUGGUGGAGGUGCAGACAAGCAGACGAUAGAGUUGACAUUUGAUCUGGAGCAGCACAGCGACGACGUUGAUGAGCAGCACGUGAAGGGGCCAAAGAAGGCGCGGCUCGCGAAACAGGACAGCGUUUUGAGUGAGUUCGAGUCCAGCAUGCCCGAGCUCAAGAAAGAGCCACAACAGGUGAAAGUGGAUGUGAAGGUGGCUUCUGUUGUGGCCAAGAGUGAAGAACAUCCGAUGGAGGAGGAUACGCCGGAGAUUUGUGCGGACUAUGACGACGACACGAGUCUCAAAAUAGUUGAGGAGAAUCUGCUAGUUGAUAGGAGUAUCAACGCGACCAGUGUAGCAAAAGAGGAAGCAUCCACUGAUGACAGUGCACCUGUAACGCCGUUGGCCACGUUCAAGAAAGAUGAGCUGCAGCUACGUUUGGAAAAAUCCAAACAAAAGGAAGAGCAAGAACUGGCGGAGGCAGCGGGACUGUUAAACAGCUCCGAGGACAUUAACAAGCUAGAGGACGUUACGUCAACCAGCGCACCAGAGAUAAAGACGACGGCGACGGUGCCGCUGAAGAUCGUCGAGGUAGAAAUCAAGGAUAAGCAGCAACCGCUGUCACGUUCGCUGGACAGCACGGCAUCGGGUGAGUUUGAGAAUCCCUUUCUGUCCACCAACCAGACGUCGGUUUUCCCAAGUGAGCGUUCGUUCAGCUCGGAAAGUCUCAACAGCGAAACUUCGGUCGAUUCAAACGAUUCCAAGAGCAGCUUGAAAAUAAUCCAAUCCAAGUUUGCUGCUCGCAACGGAACUCUCGAGCGGCAGCAGUCGAUCGCGAACCGUGAAGCACUACAAGCGGAACAAUUUCCUCCGACGGUGCCCUGUGGGCUGCAAGUGCUGGUCCUGUGGAACAAUGAAAUCACGCGCCAUUCAGCGAACACGUUCGCAGACCUGAUCGAGAACACUUCCACGCUGGAAAUCCUCAACGUGGGCUGCAAUCUACUGUGCAAUGAGUUUGUCGGAAGCAUCAAGAGUAGUCUGAAAGUGAACAACAGCCUAACCAAUCUCGGCCUGCAAGGUGCACAUCUUUCCGACAAUGGUGCUAAGGUUAUGGCGGAGGUCAUCGAGUUCGGUGGCAACUCGACGCUGCAGCGAAUCGACAUGCGGAACAACAACAUCUUGGCCACCGGGCUGGACCACCUGAACGAGGCUCUCAAAUCUAACAAGACGGUAACGCGAAUCGACCUUGACGACGUGCCGCGCCGAGUGGUGGACAACUCGAUCGAUGUCGGCCCCGAGUACAACCGGCUGUUGAACAACAUUCGAGCACAGUGCGAGCGAAACAAAAACCCGCCGGAACCAUCGGAGCCAAUCAGCACAUCGAUCAAGCGUGUCCGCGCUAGCCAACUAAACUCGAGGAAGAUUUCCCUCACCUGCACUUCGAUCCGUGCCGCUCCGACUGGUGCGACUGCUGGCGAGAAGCACCACCAUCAUCUGCUGGACCCCAGCAAGAAACCGGGUGGGCGUUUACGUUCUCCACUGCCUAGUCCAAUCCCAUCGCCCAUCGCUUCGCCGGUGCCGAGUCCCUCGCGCAAUCGCUUCCAGGUGACACGUGUCGGCGAGUCUUCCGGAGGGGGUGGAGGCGGCAGUACCAGCAGUCUCACUAGCCUGAGCAACAAUAAAUCUACCUCACCAUCCCCCUCGUCCACGGGAAGCUCGCCCACGCUCUUUUUCGCGGCUAAUUCACGAUUCCGCGUAGUCACCGUCGAGGAACCGGCCAAGGCAAAGUCAUCCCCCGUGUCCUCAGUGUCCACUAACCAACGGAUGUCGUCAUCCUCAUCCAUAUCGCCCUCGCCGUUGGCCGCCACUGUCUGUAGCAGCUCUGCACCUGCGUUGUCCUCAUUCGAUAGCUCACUCAAGUCGUCGUCAUCGCCAAUCUCGCAGCACUACCAAACGGUCGCCACAAACACACCUUCGCCACCGGUGCUAGUACAACAACAACAACAGCUUACACAAUCGCACUUCCCACCGUCCUUAUCGCCGAUUGUCGCACCAACAGUAACAACAACCGUAGCAGCAACAGCAGUUGGGACAACAACUCCAACACCAGUCACCCCUCUCACCCCACCGACACCAAAGCCACCCACGAAACACACACGGUUACCGUCGACCAGCAGCUGCACGCUGCACGAUUCGGUCAUUUCGUCCACCUCGAUCGAAAGUCCCGACCUGGAGGUGAAGCGGUUUAUGACCAGCGGGAGCGGAGGCGUCGGGCCGGGAUCUGCCCGGGCACACUCCUCCACCACCAUGGACGAUAGCUGCUGUUCGUCGAUCAGUAGCAGCAUCGACUCGAUCGAUCGAGUGCUUCAGUUCAACAACAACACCUCGAUCAGCUCGACGGACGAAAGCUUCGACCUAAUUGUGAGUUCGCCCUCUUCCUCGUCGCUGUCGGUUGGUUCGGUCAGCACGGCCCCGUUGGCCAAAACGGACAGCACACUGGUGCCGCGGCAGCAACCGACGAUCAUUGAACCGGGCAACAACUUGCUGCUGCAACCGGCAAGUCCGCUCAAGGGGAAGAACGCCAGCCUGUCGAGUCUGGACAUGAGUACGAGCUCGCAGGAGUCGCUGUACGAUGUGCACGACUUGUCGUCGUCGGUGUCCGUGUCGUCGGGUGGGUCCUCGUCACUGGCGGCGACGGCGGCAGCUGGGACAGCGGCGACUACGGGCACCAAAACGUCGGCAGCCGGGAACUCGAACGAAAGUACGCUCACAUCCGUGCAGGGGCUGGAGAAGGACGCCAGUCUAAAGCAAGCAGCAACAUCGUGCAAGCAAGCACCAGCGGAAAAGCCACCUCGCGUCCGUAAAACCUCCUGGAUUGCCUCUAUCGGAGGAGGGAGCCAUCCAAGGGUCGCGGACAGCGGCGGUGCCUCGACGAUCGCGCCCGCAAGCACCGGCAACACGUACUCUCCCGCCGUCGAAAAGCUGCUCGCUAUCUUCAACCCAACCAACCUGUUUUCCUCCAGCAAAUCUAGUCCACCGAGUUCCGAGUGUGGCACGGUGCCCGCGCACUCCGCCGGAGGAACGCUGGGAUCUGCGACGAUGACGACGACAACGGGUAAGGAAAACAGCACUCCCGCAUCGGCACCGCAUCCGCCGGUUCGAAAGGAGAGUCCCAUGGGAGGGUUGUUCCGGUGGACGACAAAGUCGUCGUCGUCAGCCAAGGACGAGGAGAAGGUGUUGAAGGUUAACAUUUCACCAGAGAACACAAUCACGCCGCAGAUGCCGCAGAUUCAGGGUCACUUGCAGCAGCAUUCGCCCCAGUCGAUGGUGGCGGCGGCGGCGACCGCGACGACGUACAAUGUAGACAAUAUUCCUAGUCAGUUGAAGGCGGAAAUCAAAGAAAACAUCUCUCCGGAAAACACAAUCACCAACAGCAAGCUGCUGCUGAAUCCGUCGUCUUCGCCAACGUCAACGGUGCAACCGGCGGUCGCCAUUGGGGUGUUGCCAGCUGCUACUGCUGCCGCUGCGCCUGUUGCCCCGGUCCAUCCGAAGGUCAUCUUCCGGCUGGGUGACGAUUACGAUGAGUCCGAGGACGACAUCGAUACGCUCACGAGCAAAUACGGCGGCGGCGGAGGUAAGCCUACACUGCUGGGCGCCAGCAUCGGAACCACGACCACGGAGGGGUCAUCCCCAGUGCCGCAGUCGGCGGCGGCCGUCCUCAUGCACACUAGUCAUCUCGGUCAGCUGGCGCGGGAUUCGCUUACCACCAUGUUCAAGAACCCCUCGCUCGCCUCCCAGGACUCGAUCCGGUCGAUGGACUCUCUCACGGAAAUGGCCGCGGCCGAACAGCAGCUGCAGCAACAGCUACAGCCAAAACCGACCGCCACGGACGACACACAAGCUCAGUAGCGACCUGGGUCGACGGCGGAACGGCGAAUCGGCGGUGUCGAAUGGUUGAUCUAGACGCACGUGAGUCUCUCUCGGAAGGUCGCUAGAAAUCGCUGCCGGUUGCGCGAAAUCUGCAUUCGUUCCUGGCACAUGAUUCGGAGGGUCGUGUUGAGUCGUCAUCUGUCUCUCUCUCUCUCGUACUCAGCUCAGUGGUUAGUUUGGGAAAAGCCCCUUUCUUCAUUUCCCUCUUGCCGGUUGGGGAUCCACCGCGCGAGGGGUGUGUAAUUGAUGUGCCUUCUUUGGAGAAACGAACGAAAGUAAUACUUUUUAGUGUGUGUGUGUGUGUGGCAUGUUUUUGUGUGCGUGUGCGUACGGGCGUUUGUGUCUGUGUGUGUGUAAGUUCACAGAUGUGUAGGAAUAGAGCGUUUAUUAAGAUUAGUAAAUUUUUACUCAGCGCACGUGGUAAUACAAUUUCUAAACCAGAAGAGGCUAACAGUGCGAACAUAAAAACAAAACAAUUUGUGAGAAAAAAAAAGACGCUAGAAUCGAGUAAAAGCUGUCGCCGGAAAGAAGGUGAAAUUUUGUAAAGGAAAAACGCUAUAGCAUUACGUAGAUCGAAGGGAGAGUUGUAUUAUUUACAGAAGAAAAGCGGUGCACUAGUCAAAUGCAUCAAAUUACUUACUCAAAGUCUUUAAAUAUAUAUUUUAUAUUUUGUGCAAACA